CAGUGGUUUGUGUUUCAUCUAGUCCUUUUAUUUAAUUAUGUUCCGAGUUAUUUUUGCAAAGAAAAAACAAAGAGCUUAGAUGAAAAAUUUCUAUAUAGCACAUCUGUGAUGAGCAUGACAAAACUUUUGGAUGUUGAAGAGUCUUUAAAAGACAUUUUGGAUGUGUACGUUCAGGAGAUGCAGGCGAAGUUAGAUAUUAUUAAAUUGUAUCAAGAGUCGUUAAAAAGAGAAAAGUUUGCCACGCUGGACGCAAAAGAGGAGUACGUGUCCAAUCCUCUAAAUGCAUUUCCUCUGCUCAGGCGCCUCAACCAGGAUUGGCCCAAGUGGCUUAGAUAUCUGAAACUGGCGACAGCUACUAGGAAAACCAAAGAAAUGGAAGUGCACUUAAAAUCUGCUCCCAUUGAAGAUGACCUCAAUGUUGCUCUGAAGGGAAUGACGCGAAUUGAGCAGUUUUACGAUCAACACGCAGGGAACUUAGCCAAGGGACUCCUAUUGGGAAAGAAAUUUAACUCCCAAUUGACUUCUCUGGACUGUUUUGCAUUAGCAAACUUUUACUACAACCAAACUCAAUUUGCGGCAUCCACACACUGGUAUCGCAUGGCCUUAAGACUUCACACGGCUCCCCAGGAAAAGAUCUACGAUAAAGUAUUGGGCUUGAAGAGAAAAAGGAUCUAUAAAAAAUAUGCCAAGGCCAUGCUCAAAGAAUCCCUUACUUUGGAUAAAGCAAAACCCAAUCCUAUGAUGGUUAGAGAAUGGAAUAGCUUGGCCAAAGAGGUCGUUCGAGAAGACAACUAUAACAACAUCAAACAGUAUAUUGACGAGUAUCUAUCAGGAGACGAGCAGAUCUUUCAAGAAGAAGCCGCAACAAGAAAGACUAAGCCAUCAAAGCUAAAACGCGCCUGCCGUGGAGAUUGGCCAAAGAAAUCCUCGCCAGAACUCAUAUGUCGUUAUAAUAGGGACACAUCCGCAUUCGUUAAGUUAGCACCGCUCAAAUUGGAAUUUCUGAGCAUGAAUCCUCUAAUAGUUCUCUACCAUGAGGUGCUCUACGAGCAGGAGUUCAAGUCACUGAAAGACAUCGCCGUGUUUAAUGGCACCAUGACUGAUGGUUGGACAUACGUUAGCUUUGACAAAAAGGGAAACCCUAAGCCCCAGGAUCGAGUGGUGAAAACAAUGGCUUUUCAGGGCUCUACUGCCGCCGUUACCCGCAGCAUCAAUCGAAGGAUAGCAGAUAUGAGUGGACUGGAUAUCCACGAGAACAUGGCUCUUCACCUCACCAAUUACGGAUUGGGCGGCCAUCUCGGAAAGCAUGUCGACUACGUGGAGUUGGCCAAAAGACCGGCAGACUUUUUUGCUGAUAUAGGUGGCGAUCGAAUCGCUACAGCAAUGCUUUAUGCAACGGAUGUUUCCCUGGGUGGAACCACCGUUUUCACAAAACUAAAACUAACCGUAGAGCCCAAAAAAGGAAAUGCGCUGAUAUGGUUCAACUUGAAUAAUGCUGGAGAUCCGGAUCCCCUCACCGAACAUUCUGUUUGCCCUGUCGUAAUUGGUUCCCUAUGGACAAUAACUAAAUGGAUUCACGAACGCCAGCAGAUAUUUAAGAAACCUUGUUUUGCCUAAUUGUAAACUCUGUUAGAGCCUCCUCAAGGAAGUCAUGCAAAUAAACAGCCAACGCCGAGGGGAGGAAUCUCCAACUGGCGCCCACA